AUGAGAGGUGCCAGGUCCCUGGCUACUUGCUGGCCAGUGGCUGAGAAGCUCUGGUGGGAAGCAGCCAUGGAGGAGACAGGCCUAACGGGGAGUCCUCUCUUUGCUAAAACUGCCUCCUUCCAGGUAGGAGAACAUGCUGCCUGCCUCUCUACUAUGUCUCGGGCACGUUGCCACGCUCUCUUCCUGGCAGCGGUUUCUCCGCGUGGUGCAACAACCGGGGUCGCAGCGCGGCGAGGGUUGAGCGCGUGGCCUGUGCUGCAGGAGCCAGGCAUGGAGUAUCAGGAUGCUGUGCGCACACUCAACACCCUGCAGACCAAUGCUAACUACUUGGAGAUGGUGAAGCGUGAGCGGGGUGACCCCCAGACACAGCUGGAAGCCAUGAAGCUGUACUUGGCACGGAGUGGGCUGCAGGUGGAGGACUUGGACCAACUGAACAUCAUCCACAUUACUGGGACCAAGGGGAAGGGCUCCACGUGUGCCUUCACUGAACGUAUCCUCCGAAGCUACGGCCUGAAGACGGGGUUCUUUAGCUCUCCCCACCUGGUGCAGGUGCGUGAGCGGAUCCGCAUCAAUGGGCAGCCCAUAAGCUCCGAACUCUUCACCAAGCACUUCUGGAGUCUCUACCACCGGCUGGAGGAGACCAAGGACGACAGCAGCUGUGUCUCCAUGCCUGGCUACUUCCGCUUCCUCACGCUCAUGGCCUUCCACGUCUUCCUCCAAGAGAAGGUGGACCUGGCAGUGGUGGAAGUAGGCAUCGGUGGGGCUUACGACUGCACCAACAUCAUCAGGAAGCCUGUGGUGUGUGGGAUCACCUCUCUUGGCAUCGACCACACUGGCCUUCUGGGGGACACGAUGGAGAAGAUCGCAUGGCAGAAAGGGGGCAUUUUUAAGAGUGGCGUCCCUGCCUUCACCGUGCCCCAGCCUGACGAGCCGCUGGCAGUGCUAAGGGACAGAGCUCAGCAGAUCUCAUGUCCCCUCUACCUGUGUCCACCGCUACAAGCCCUGGAGGAAGGGGGGCCACCGCUGACCCUGGGCCUGGAGGGAGAGCACCAGAGGUCCAAUGCUGCCUUGGCCUUGCAGCUGGCCCGCUGCUGGCUGCAGCAGAAAGGUUACCAGGAUGCCGGGGAGCUGAAGGCAUCCAGGCCAAGCCUCCCAGGGCAGCUGCCCAUGGCACCCGUGUUCCAGCCCACACCCCACAUGCAGCAGGGGCUUCGGCACACGGAGUGGCCAGGUCGGACGCAGUUGCUGCGGCGCGGGCCCCUUACCUGGUACCUGGAUGGCGCGCACACCACUAGCAGCAUGCAGGCCUGCGUGCGCUGGUUCCGCCAGGCGCUGCACAGAUGCCAGAGGCCGGACAGCGGGUCCGAGGUGCGCGUCUUGCUCUUCAACUCCACUGGGGACCGGGAUUCCGCGGCCCUGCUGAAGCUGCUGCAGCCCUGCCAGUUUGACUAUGCCAUUUUCUGCCCUAACCUGGCAGAGAUGGCAUCAACAGACAAUGCAGACCAACAGAACUUCACAGUGACACUGGACCAGGUGCUGCUCCGCUGCCUCACCCACCAACAGCACUGGAGUCGCCUGCACGAGGAGCAGGCCAGCCCGGACCCCUGGAGCACCCCCAGCCGGGAGCAGGGUGGGCCUGCAUCUCUGCUGCUGGCACCUCACCCACCCCACACCCACAGCGCCAGCUCCCUCAUCUUCAGCUGCAUCUCCCAUGCCUUGCAGUGGAUCACCCAAGGCCGGGACCCUGUCUUUCAGCCUCCCAGUCCCCCACGGGCCCUCCUCGCCCACCCUGUGGCAGACAGCGGGGCCAUGGUACUCCAAGAGGCUGCCACCGUCCACGUGCUGGUCACAGGCAGCCUGCACCUGGUGGGCGGUGUCCUGAAGCUGUUGGAUCCCUCCCUGUCCCAGUAG